AUGUCACCAUCUGUUGUCCCCGAUGUCGACGUCCCUGUAUUGGUCGUGGGAGGCGGGCCAUCGGGACUUUUGAUAGCUCAUAUGCUGGCCAAAUUUGGAGUUCGGAGCCUCAUCGUGGAAAGAUACGCUACACGCCUGGCAGCCCCAAAAGCGCAUGCCCUUAGCCCUAGGACUUUGGAAUUUAGCAGGCAAUUCGGCUUGGAUGUGAACAAAAUUCGACAAGUUGGUACGUCUCGAAAUGAUGCAUUUUGGGUGAAUUUCGUGACAAACCUCAGCGACGAGAGGGUGGGAAAAUUGCCAUACGAGAGAAUGGAUGCCGACGUGCUGGAUGCAACACCAACGAUGAUUCAUAACAUACCCCAGCCAGAAUUCGAGCAGAUCAUUGCAGAUGAGCUUGACAAUAACACACUGGUCAAAAUCAGAAAGAACCAUUCUUUCGUCGAUCUUGAGGAUCAUGAUUCUUAUGUCACUACAACAAUUGAAGAUCGUAACGAUGGUUCUAAAUACCAGAUUCGAUCAAAGCACGUGGUAGCUUGCGAUGGUGCCAAGAGUGCAGUCAAGAAUUUCCUUCAGGUUGAAAGUGAAGGAGAAGACUCUUAUGAGACAAUGAUGACCAUCCACAUCAACGCCGAUCUUAGGCCGGUAGUCAACGAGAACGUGGGCAUGUUGCACUGGGUGAUGGAUCCGCGAGUUUCGGGAUUUAUUAUUGCGUAUUCUCUGUCUGGGAACCAAGUUAUGAUAUGCAACUUCGAUUCUGAGAAAUAUCCCGUAUCGUCAUGGAAUGAAGAACAUUGCCGCGAAGUAGUGAAUUCAGCAAUUGGUCAAUCUGUGCCUUUCAAAAUUCUCAGCUACCGGCCGUGGGUGCUGAGUCGGAAAGUGGCAAAGAGCUAUCGAGUAGGGAAUGUUUUCCUUGCUGGUGACGCCGCACAUGCUUUUCCUCCAACCGGUGGUCUCGGUCUCAACUCGGGACUUGGAGAUGUCCACAACCUAGCCUACAAACUCGCAGCCGCUCACCAGGGUUGGGGAGGUGAAAGGCUACUUGAAAGCUAUCAGGCGGACAGGCAACAGGUAGCACUAGUCAACUCUGAGCAAAGUAUCAAAAAUGGGAAGCAAAUAUUCGGUCUACUCCGGGCUCUAGGCGCAACGGAUCCGGAUAAGGACGUGGCAUGGCAGAACUUGAAGCAAAGGCUACAUACAAACGAUCCUAAAACAAAAAUGGUUAUUGAAGAAGGCAUCAAGGGUCAACGGGAACAUUUUGAUAAUCUAGGUUUGCAUAUUGGCUACGUAUAUGGUAACCGGGAGGUCCCCGCAGAUGCAUCUAUUUUUAAACCCGUGGCUGUGCCUGGGGCUCGCUUACCACAUGCUUGGAUCAGUCUACGUGAGGAGACUUAUUCUACGCAUUUGUCCCUCCCUCCCAUCGACAAUUCAUUUGUGAAGGAGCUGUCUCAGGAAGAAGCCAAUGCUAAAAUGUUCUCCACCCUCGACUUGAUUCCUUUUGACACCUUCAUUGUGAUCGCGGAUCGUGAGCAUGGGCUAGGCUGGUCUAGCUCUCUAGAGGAAAUCUAUCGUGAGCUACCUCAGUCGUUGAAGAUUGAUGUCAUUAUGCGUGGCGUGCAUUUUGAUGUUGACGAAAGCGAUGAAAAUAGUCGCCAGUGGCUCAACCUGACUGGCUUGGCUGAGGGGAAAGCUAUUUUGGUUCGCCCUGAUCAGCACAUUCUUGCUGUCUUCAGUAAAGAGUCGCGUGCAGAAGACCUUGUCGGUAUUUUGCGAGCGCAUUUAGACGUGUAA